CCAGAUUACAGCAGAGAAUGACACACACACACAAUUAGAAGACUGGCCACAUCUUCUGCUUUAAGCAUGCUGAUGAACUACACAAACCAAACAGAGGAGGACCUCUUCUCCUGCUACAGUCCUUCAGUCGUGGGCUACCGGUACUUUGCCGUGCUGUGGGGAUGUACGGUGACCCUCGUUGGUACGGUGGGGAACCUGAUGACCAUUCUGGCCUUUGCUCUAGACCCACGUCUGAGGACUCGCUUCAACGUGCUCAUCCUCAACCUGGCUGUAGCUGAUCUCCUAUACUGCACCAUACUGCAGCCCAUAUCAGUCGACUCCUAUCUACACCUCAAAUGGCGCAGUGGUGAGCUCUGGUGCAGCAUCUUCGGCCUGCUCCUCUUCCUCUCCAACUCUGUAUCCAUUAUCACCCUCUGCCUAGUUGCUGUGAGCCGAUAUCUUCUGGUGGCAAAAAGGGCUUUGUUUGAUCGUGUCUUCUCUAGCCGUGGUCUUAUUUUACUACUGAUCUCAACGUGGGCACUGGGUUUGGCCAGCUUUGGCCCACUCUGGCCUGUUUACGUAUUUGUGCCACAGGUGUGCACAUGCAGUUUCCAUCGCACCAGGGGUCGUCCCUACAGUACCAUCUUGCUCUUUUUUUACUUUUUCAUUGGGCUGGGCAUUGUUGGUGUUUUCUACCUCCUUAUUUACAGACGUGUCAGGAUUGCGUCUCAAUCGUUGCUUCGAUACAGAUUCAGCCGCAGAUCCUCCAGGAAGAAACCAGCUUCUUCGACACAAGGGACCGAUGACAGUGGUGUAGAAAGUGGCAUGGCAAAGACAUGUAGCUGCGAGAUGAGCAGCCAGGCGGAUCUAACUCAAAAUACAGAUGAGAUCACCUGUGAAAAACCUUCCAAAUCUACCCAAGUGACGGCUCUAGAUCCAUCAGUAACUAAGCAACCCCUUGAUACUGUCAAAACAUCACCUUCAACCAGACCUGCUCCCGCCAAUGCAGCACCCUCCUCCAACUCAGCAACUUCAGGAGAUGCUGAUGAAUUUAAGCGGGUGACACGCAUGUGCUUUACUGUUUUUUUGUGUUUUGUCUUCUGCUUUGUCCCCUUCCUGUUGCUCAACAUAGCUGACAAACAGAACCGCGCCCCUCAAGUACUGCACAUGUUCUGUGCAAACCUCACCUGGCUCAAUAGCUGUAUCAACCCUGUGCUUUAUGCCGUCAUGAACAGACAGUUUCGACAGGCCUACCACGUGCUGCUCACCAGGGCUGCCUCACCUUUUUCCUGCCUUUGGACCUGGAGGUCAACGCUGAGAUUCUAAACUCUGUGAGCUCAAAUUUGCCAGAUGUUUCUCCUCCUGAUAUAAAUAGCUGUCAUUAAGGAACAAUCACGUUUUAAAUGUGUUUCCUAUAAUGCAUUUACGUGCAUUGCCAACAUUCCAGGCUACAUUUACUUCAUAAUAUCCAUAUAAAAUGUAUGUUUAUGUCUUGUAUGUCUUGUAUGGAAUAAAUUACAUUUUGUAAU